AUGUCGAAAAUUAUUGUUAUAACCAGUGUCACCGGUGCCCAAGGAUCAUCAAUUGCUGAGACAUUUCUCCGCUUCCCAGAAUGGCGAGUUCGAGGCACAACGCGCAAUCCAGCAAGUCCGGCUGCUCAAGUAUUAGCAGAAAAGGGAGUCGAAAUCGUUCAAGCGGACUUUGAUGACAGACCAUCACUUUCUUCAGCUUUCCAAGGAGCUACUGUAAUCUACUCCAAUACCGAUUUCUUCGUGCAUCUCUUCACAGGCAUAUCCACAGGCGCGCCUCCUGGCCGCACAGUCCUCGAACACGCAUAUGAUCGGGAAGUUGCUCAAGGGAUCAAUAUCGCAGAAGCAGCCGCUUCACCGAGCGUUCUCGAAACAUUGGAAUAUUUCAUAUACUCCUCUUUGAGCGAUGCAACGAAAUGGAGUAAAGGUAAAUAUACCUCGGUAUAUCAUUUUGAUUCGAAAGCAGAAACAGUCCGGCAGAUUGAAUCUCGAUUCCCGGAUUUGGCAGCGAGAAUGAGUACCCUCCAAAUGGGAUAUUAUGUCACGAACUGGAAAGCUUUUCCACCCAUGGCACCGCAGAAACAGGACGAUGGGAGUUUUUUGUUCGAGAGACCUUUGAGUCCAGAUAGUGUGGUGGAAUUUGUCGUGACGCAGAGAGAUACGGGAGGAUUUGGGGGGGAUGUUUUGGGAGUCAAGGCUGGGUUUAGACAGGUCUCUGAAGAGACGUUUUGGAAAGGAGUACCGGAUGCUAUGAAGGAGUUGCAGGUUGCUUGGGAGUAUGUGGAUGAGUUUGGUCAUGCGGGUGGGGAUCCGGAGGUUUUGAGACCGGAUGAGCUCACUGUCAAGAUCCCCGUGACGUCGAUGGAAGAGUAUAUAAAGAGUGAAGACUGGUCAGCUGUCUUGAAUUCUUAA